GGCUCAACCCCACCAAGUGGCACCGACAAAGAGGGACAGUACCACUUCCUAGCAGGCAUACCCAGUGGAGGCAUAGUGGACCAAGAGGAUGUCAGAGCAGCAAAGUGCCCCGGAGCAGCUGGCUGCUGGGAAGAGCCAGGGUGGAGCUGGAGUCACAUACAAGGUGGUGCUGUUUGAGUUCGAAAACUUCCAGGGCUGCAAGGCGGAGUUUUCUGCAGAGUGUAAAGAUGUGACAGAGAAGGGACUGCCAAAGGUUGGCUCCAUGAUCGUCGAGUCAGGACCCUGGGUGGGUUAUGAUCGUCAGGGGUUAACAGGAGAGCAGUUCGUUCUAGAGAAGGGCGAGUAUCCACGCUGGGACACCUGGACGAACAGUCAGAACAGCUACUCCCUCUUGUCUCUAAGGCCUCUCAAAGUGGACAGUGCUGAACAUAAAAUACACCUGUAUGAGAACCCUGGGUUUGCAGGCAGGAAGAUGGAGAUCGUUGAUGAUGACGUGCCCAGUUUGUGGGGCCAUGGCUUUCAGGAUCGCGUAGCAAGUGUCCAGACUCUUAAUGGAACAUGGGUUGGAUACAUGUACCCAGGCUACAGGGGUCGCCAGUUCAUCUUUGAGCGUGGGGAUUUCAAGCACUGGAACGACUGGGAGGCCCCCGCACCCCAGAUCCAGUCUGUCCGACGUGUGCGGGACAUGCAGUGGCACAAGAGGGGCUGUUUCACUGUCUCCGACCCGGAUCCUGCUCCAGGCCCCGGCCCUGAACCCGACCCUGCCCCAGCACCUCCUGCCCCUCCUGCGACGGCUGGAGCCAGCUGAGCAGGAUCCUCUCCUCCCUCCCAACCUCUCCCACAGCCUCCCCCCACGCUGCCGACAGUGCCUGCCCUCUGCCUUAACCUAACCAUGGCAAACGCUGCUUGUGCCCAAUGCGGAGUGCCAUGUAUGUUUCAGUGGCCAAUAAAACUUGUUUGACCUUGAGUUUGUUGGUGAUGUUAUACUUGUAAGUCGAAGCUGAAAUGGCUUCUUUAACUGAGAUACGAGAGAUUUGGAUUUUUUUUUUUUU